UAUAAUUAUUAUACGAUGGCUAAUCUUCCAAAAUACACAGAUGAUGAUUUUAAUAACAAAGGAAUGGAGGUAGACUUCAACCUCAAGAAGGUCUUUGAUAUGCCAACCAUUGAACAGAUGAUUUUCUUCCAUGUCAACUUUGAUAAGUGCAGGAAAGAAAUUAUCAGAUUUGAGAAUGCAAGGAAUACGAUUAACAGUACCAUUAAGCAUCCAAAAGAAACUAAAGCAGAAGCUCUAAGUCUACUUAAAUGUCACUCUGAAAACCUUACUUUCGAGCCUGCCUGCUUGGAAAGUUUCAAUGAUGCAAGAGAAUGUCUCUUCAAAUUAGAUGGACAAAUGAGGCUCUGUCAUAACGAGCUUGAGCUAUUCGAGGAAUGUGUCCAUGACCCUGUUAGAUUUGAUAAGUUCACCAAAUUGGCUACCCCAGCACAGAGAAUACCAAAAGAGUACUUCACAAGUAUGCUUCAGAAAGAUUAUUAUAACUAAGCUAGCUAGAGAUGUUCCAAAUUUGACCAUUU